CCCGGGCACCGUGCACACUCGCACACACACACACUCACACACACACUCCACCCUCCUCCAGCCCCACCGCCCCACCAUGGCCGCCUCCACCCUGUCUGUCUGCUCCAGCGACCUCAGCUAUGGCAGCCGGGUCUGCCAGCCCGGUGCCUGGGACUCCUGCCCCGACUCCUCCUGGCAGGUGGACGACGACCCAGAGAGCUGCUGCGAGCCCCCCUGCUGCGCCCCCAGCUGCUGCGUCCCAGCCCCCUGCCUGAGCCUUGUCUGUACCCCUGCCAGCUGUGUGUGCAGCCCCUGCGAGUCAGCCUGCACCAGCUCCUGCACGCCCUCGUGCUGUCAGCAGUCUAGCUGCCAGCCCUCCUGCUGCACCUCCUCCCCCUGCCAGCAGGCCUGCUGCGUCCCUGUCUCCUGCACCCCCAUCUGCUGUAACCCCGUGUGCUGUGUGCCCGUCUGCUCUGGGGCCUCCCCCUGCUCAGACUCCUCAUGCUGCCAGCAGUCUAGCUGCCAGCCCUCCUGCUGCACCUCCUCCCCCUGCCAGCAGGCCUGCUGUGUGCCCGUCUCCUGCACACCCGUCUGCUCCAAGGCCACCCCCUGCCCAGCCCCCUCGUGCUGCCAGCCCAGCCCCUGCCCCGCGUCCUGCUGCAGACCCUCCUCCUGCGUGUCCCUGCUCUGCCACCCCACGUGCUCCCGCGCGGCCCGCUGUGGCCCCACCCGAGCCCAGAAGUCCUGCUGCCGCCCCGGGAAGGAGCCUGCAGACACCACCUCCUCCACGCCAACACCAGCCCAGCCCCACAUCACCAUGUGCCACACCAGCUGCUCCUCAGGCUGCCAGGCCGCCUGCUGCUCACCCAGGCCCUGCCAGGAGUCCUGCUGUGUGCCUGUGAGCUGCAGACCUGCUGUGUGCACACCCGUGAGCUGCCAGCCUGCCGUGUGCACACCUGUAAGCUGCCGGCCAGCUGUGUGUACACCCGUGAGCUGCCGGCCAGUUGUGUGCACACCUGUGAGCUGCCAGCCAGCUGUGUGCACACCUGUGAGCUACAAACCAGCUGUGUAUGUGGCCCCCUCCUGCCAGUCCUUCGUGCGUGUGCCUGUGAGCUGCAAGCCCACCGUGCUUGUGUCUUCCCCCUGCCAGUCCUCCGUGUGCUGCCAGCCGUCCUGCCCCACCCUGGUCUGCAGACCCAUCUCCUAUAGCUCCCCUUGCUGCUAUUGACCGCGAGUCCCUUCUCAGCUGCAUCAGUGCAGACGGGUCCACACCUGUAGCCCUCCCACAACGAGUCCUCUGUGGGCCUCCAGCUUCUGCACGUGGCAGAUGGAAAGCGUGCUCACCGACCCCUCUGAACUCCAGGGUGAGAAUGUGGCCGGAUGAUCUGGAUCCCUCCGCGACCUGCCCAUCCCCUUAGGGAAGCCCUGGCUCCCAGGGUCCUUCUCUGUCUCCAGCAGGAAACCAGCCCCCACGUGAGCCAAAUAAAUCGUGCUUCUCAAUGCA